AUGAGUCUCGUAAGGCAAAAUUUUAAUGCCGACUGUGAAAAUGCGCUUAACAAACAAAUCAAUAUGGAAUUGUACGCAAGUUAUGUCUACUUGUCAAUGGCUUUCUAUUUUGACAAGAGUGAUGUAGCUUUGCAAGGAUUGCAUCAGUAUUUUAAACUGGCUUCUGAUGAGGAACGUGAACAUGCUAUGAAAUUUAUGACAUAUCAGAAUAAACGAGGAGGUUCUAUUGUUUUGACUGAUAUCAAGUCGCCGGAAAAAGUGGAAUGGGGUAGUGCUAAAGAUGCUAUGACAGCUGCUUUGGAGCUUGAGAAGAAAGUCAACUCGAGUCUGCUUGAACUUCAUGCUCUGGCUUCAAAUCACAAUGAUGCAAAUUUGCUGGACUUUUUGGAAAGUGAAUAUUUGCAAGAACAAGUUGACGCUAUAAAAGAAAUCGCUGAUCAUGUCACCAAUCUCGAAAGAGUCGGAGAAGGUUUAGGAGUAUUCAUGUUUGAUAAAUCACUGAAAGAAUAA